AAAUCAUUUCACAUUUACUAGUGCAGCCUAACGGAAGGAUAAUCUUAUAGGGUUGAGGGAAUGCUGGUUCGAUGCUCAUGGUAGACAUAUUUUUACCUUUAAAAAGAGUACUUGAGGGAAUGUUGGUAGCCGUAUGCAUUCAUUUUUAGCUCUAGAAAACGGUGUAAUUUUUUUUUAUAAUGGUGAUAAGAUUAAAUUAAACCGGAAAAGGGCAAAGAAGUCAAGAGCAAAUACACUGGUUUAGAAGCACUGAACCAAAGCAAUCAGAGAAACGAGAAGGACAAGAAAAAAAGCACAUGGGCGAGAGCCCAACAAGUCACAAUAAUGACUGCGAACAAAACAGGAAGAAGAAAAGGGAAAGCCCACACAACGAGCAGGAAGAAUUUCCACCGAUGCUGCACAGGGAACGGCGACAGAAACCACCAAACCUAUCGCCCAACACCUGUACUUUUUUUAGAAUGGUGAUGAAGAUUAAAUUAAACCGGAAAAGGGCAAAGAAGUCCAGAGCAAAUACACUGGUUCAGAAGCACUGAACCAAAGCAAUAAGAGAAACAAAAAGGACAAGAAAAAAAGCACAUGGGCGAGAGCCCAACAAGUCACAAUAAUGACUGCGAACAAAACAGGAAGAAGAAAAGGGAAAGCCCACACAACGAGCAGGAAGAAGUUCCACCGAUGCUGCACAGGGAACGGCGACAGAAACCACCAAACCUAUCGCUCAACACCUGCCACCGCCACGACACAGAUAAAUCCAGCACACGAACAGAGUGGCCAACAUCAAAGACUCCAGCCCCAACGACUCCGAUCAAACAAGCGAACUCCCUCCGAACCCUCCAACCCAGCCCAACAACCCAAACGAUCUCACAUCCUAGUUAAAAAGUCCAUAAGCCACAUGAUACCAUCAUCUUUCCCCACCUUGCCAUGAACCGUAGCCCACUCCAUCAUGCCUCUAAUAGCCAUCCGCGCAACCACGGGAGCAGACAUAUUUUUGUCUUGAAAGAUACGCCUAUUCCUCUCAAUGAUUAAAUUUUGCAUUACAUGUUUUAAGGACUCUUUUGAAUAUACAAUGAUUAAAUUUUUUCUUGUAAUAGAUUGUACACAUUGAUUUUUCAGCUAUAAAAAUCAUGAAACAUGUUAGACAUUGGAAUGUAUUAUUAUUUGUUGGUAAUUAAAUCAUUUGUAGUCAAAAUGACAUGAUAAUUUAUUCGUCUUAAAUCGUGUUCGAAGUAAAUCUAAUUGUCUUAAAAAGUGUCUUGGGCGAUUUUGAUGAUUAAAAGUACUCUUUUUAAAGUUGGUAUUAUAUUUUUGUGUUUUUUUUGCCUCUUACGGAUAAACAUUUUUGGCCUCCCGAAGCUCGAAUCCUGGCUCCGUCCCUGGUUUCGAUGCUCUAAAUUCAAACCCAAAGUCAAAGCCAACCCAACCAAUUAAUGGCCUACAGCUCAGACCUAGGUUGUGAAAGUUUUUCACGAUGCACGUAUAGCGGCAACAAUUUCGUUUUUUCUUUUUUACAAAAGAUAAUCAUAUAUUGAUUGAAGAAAAUAUAGAGAGUUACAUCCUGGAAUUCAGCCAGACCUGAAAAUUUAAGAAACGACUCGUAGUCGGGUACAAAGACAGGGCUUUUUUAGCCACCAAAUGAGCUACCCUAUUGCUACUCCGACGUACAAAUCGUAUACUGAACCCCGUGUCCAGAGCAAAACUUCGCACAAUUUCUUCCAGAAUAAUCCACAUCUGAUUGUCUCUGGUAUCACCCCGCAAAUUCUUGUCAAUCACCACUUGGGCAUCACCUUCAAACCUCAUUUCCGUAAAUCCUUGGUCCAAGGACCAUGAAACAGCCUCCCAGAGAGAUAGUAAUUCUAUCACCAUAGGGUCGUCAAUGCAAGGGAACUGCACCCCCUUACAGAAAGAACCUCUCUAGUGUGGGUCAUGAUAACCAUUCCGCCUGCCGAGUGAGACCCUCUCUUGGUAGCCCCAUCCCACAUACAAAUAGCCACCGAAGGCUCCUCCGGAGCCAAAGAAGGGGUGGGAGUACUGGAUAGCUGGGGGGGCACGGUCCACCAGCAGACAAACCCAUUCCUGAACCUGUUGAUUAAACUGACGCAUCAAGGCGAGGAACCCGACUGCUUCCCCUAAAAAACGGCCUAGUUACGGGAUCGCCAAAUUCGUCAAAGGACGACAAUCACUGCCAUAAACAGGGGAGGUUGAUGUACCAGAGACAACAAUUUUUUCCAGGAAAAGUGGGAUAGUAUGCCUAGGCAAGCCUUCCCCAAUGUAAUCCAGGCCAGACAGCUCCCAGAGAGCACGGGCGACUGGACAAUACACAAACAAAUGUUUCAUUGUCUCUGAGUCCGCCCAACAUACCGAACAUCGAGGAGGACGUCGACCUGCUUCGAAAUAAGGAUUUCGGUCGGGGACAAUAUUCUGUUAAAUAUUUGCCAAACGAAGACUUUCAUUUUCGGAGGAAUGUUAGCCUCCACAACCGAAUCCAGCUAGCCCUAUCCAUCCAACUAACAGGUUCGUAAAGGUAGCUUGUCGUGAAUUCUUUAAUUCUUUCCACAAUAGCAAGAAUUGGAAUCAACGUAGCAGUUUCGUAAAGAUAGCUCAGUCCCAUACUGUUAUGGGACAAUCCAAGUACCACAUCGGUAAUACAAGGGAAGGAACCCUUGUAUAUAAGUGUCCACCAAGCCCAAUUAGUAUGAGGCCUUUUGGGGAGGACACCCAAGAGUAAAACCGUGCGGACUUGGUCCAAAGCAGACAAUAUCGUACUAAUUGAGCAACCCGAUUUCGAAAAGUGGUAUCAGAGCCGUGGUUGCGAUUUUAGGAGAAUUGACGUACUGGGAUUUUGAGCUUGUCAUCGUCCGUUUUCCUGCUUACGCGCGCGUUAGAAAUCUCAUCCUAUUUCUAGCUACCGCCAACCGGGUUGCUUCCAAAUUAUCAAGGAGACAAGGACGCACAAUUUUUUUUCCUUUGAUCCAAGAUUGAUUUAAUCAAAUGGAGUUUGCAGGUAGCGCAAAGUAGGGUUGCAAUUUGGAAUUUGGAAAAGUACGAAAAAAAUUUUGAGCUCUUUUGUGGCCGGUUGAAGUGUAUUUUGGGUAGUUGUGAUUUUGUCUCGCUUGUUUGGUGAGAAGUUUGGUUGGAGUUUGUUAGAUAGCAAGGAUGGCUGCUAUCAGUAUGAAGAUUGAUAAGUUCACUGGUAGAAACAAUUUCAGUUUGUGGCAGAUCAAAAUGAAAGCACUGUUAAACAACAGGGUUUGUGGGCUCCGUUGUCUGAAAAUUCGAAGAAGAAAAGCAUAGAUGAAGAAGAGUGGAUUAGUUUGGAGGAGAAAACUCACUCUACAAUCUUGCUUUGAUUGGCUGAUGACAUCAUCACUGAGGUUGCUGCUGAGAAGACUGCUGCGGGUUUGUGGUUGAAGCUUGAAAUUCUAUACAUGACAAAGUCUUUAACCAACAAGUUGCAUAUGAAGCAACAUUUGUUCAGUUUGCGUAUGGAGGAAGGUACGUCUCUCAGGAAUCAUCUAGAUCAACUCAAUACUAUCUUGCUAGAUCUGCGGAAUAUUGAUGUUAAAAUAGAUGAUGAGGAUGCUGCCUUAAUUCUGUUAGUAUCUUUGCCACAGUCAUAUGAGAAUUUUGUGGAUUCUUUUAUUGCUGGGAAAGAUAGUUUGUCUUUGGAAGAUGUCAGAUCUGCUCUACAUACUAGAGAGGUUCGACAUAAAGCAUCUGGUUCAGGUUCGGAAAAUCAGUCAUCUGGGUUGGCUGCUACUAGUAGUAGGAGACAACAAUCUGGUAAUAGGAAGGCGAAUACAAAUUCGAAUUCUGCUGGUUUGAAGGAUGAUAUCUGUCAUUACUGCAAGGAGAAAGGACAUUGGAAAUUUGAUUGUCCUAAACUGAAGAAAUAUCAGGAGAAGAAGCAAUCAUCUGCUUUUGUGGCGGAAGAAACUAACUCUGAUUCUGAAGAUAGUUUAGCCUUAGUAGUGAAUGAACAGGUACAUCAUCAGGAUGUGUGGUAUUUAGAUACUGCAGCUGAUUAUCAUAUGUGUCCAAGCAGGGAGUGUUUUUCAACUUAUGAGCAGAUAGAUGGAGGACAUGUUUCUAUGGCCAAUGGUGCUAUCUGUAAGAUUGUUGGAAGAGGCUCCGUCAGGAUGAGGACACAUGAUGGUUCUGUUCGCACCUUGAACAAUGUUAGGCAUAUUCCAGAAAUGACUAAGAAUCCGAUAUCUUUGAGUCUACUCGACAACAAGGGUUUCAGCUUCAAAGGUGAAGGUGGAGUGAUGUCUGUCUACAAGGGUUCUAAGGUGAUUUUGAAAGGUGUCAAGCGGGGUGCCUUGUAUAGUCUACAAGGUUCUGUUUUGAUAUGUUCUGUUGGUGAUAAGUGCAGCAAGUUGGUUCUGAAUGGCAAGUCUCAAUAUGGAUUGGACUUGCCGAAUGGUUUGAGUUGUUGACUGCCCCUUAGGGGCAUUUGGAGGCAGGGGAGAUUUUGGUACAGCUGAUUUGGAGGAGUUGGGUACAUCAGGCAACUUUGGUUGCAUAUGGUACAUUUGGUAUCUGAGAGAGAAUUCAAGUCAAGGCAAAGAUUGUUAGAAUAUGACUUGAAUUUGAUUUGGGUUUUUGUUUGUGUUUUGGGCCUAUUUUGUCUGGGUUUGUGUUUGGGCUUUGUUUGACCUUUUCCUUGUAUGUUCGGGAAAAGGUGUUUGUUUUUCUGUUUUGGAUUAGGAGAAGAGUUCUAUAAAUACUCUUCAUCACCCUAGUCUGUAGUAGAGGUCAGUCGGGUUAGUUUGUAUGGUUUGUCCGUUUCAAAAUUUGGUUUGUAACCAGUACUCUCCUCAAAUUAGUGAAAUUUGUUCUCCCCUGCCCGUGGAUUAGCUAGCACACAUUGUGUUAGUGAACCACGUUAAAUUUGUGUUCGUUCUUGUUGGUUUGGAUUAUCGAUUCCAUGCUUCUGUUCUGACACAUACUAUUACCACCAAUGGCGCGUUAGCACUAAAUAUGAGUGCAUCCGAUUUAGCAAAAGGAUCCUUGGUGGCACAUUUACAUUCGAUGGGCCUAAUGGCUCGAUAGUGUUGGAACAAGGCUUAUGGGCUAUGGGGAUGAGUAUGGAAUUGGGCCAUGAGCCCGUCUAACGAAGAUACCUAGCUAUACACAAUACAUGUAUUUUGCCACCGCAUGCAUGCAAUCCAAUUGAUAUCUCAAACUCCAACAUAACUGGAGUUGACGUUGGAUUUCCAUGGUGGUUGGUGACUAACAAUACACAUUUGAACUCCCUUUUUCUCUCCAACUGUUCACUUUUCGGGCAUUUUCGAAUUCCAAUCCAUCAACAGUAUCAUUCUCAUGAAAAUUUAAAGACAUUAGAUGUCUCCACCAAUGACUUCUUUCCUAGUCCCAUUCCACCUGAUAUAUGUGCUUUCUUCCCCAAUAUAGAUCAUAUAUCCCUAUCUGAUAACAAAUUCUAUGGUGAAAUACCACCACAAUUAUCAAAUUGCUCACCAUUCAAAAUUUUAGAUGUGAGUAAUAAUAAACUCUCUGGUGAAAUUCCGCGAGAUGGAUUUGGAAUAUGUCUACCGGCUCUAUUCUAGACCUUUCACAAAACAAAUUUUCAGGACAUCUGCCACCGGGUUUCUUUCUCCAUUGAUGCAUGAAGUUUAUCUAUCCAGAAAUCAGCUAAAAGGAACCUUACUUGCCACACUAUCAGAUAAUCAAGAUGGGAUAUAUGGUGUUGAUAAUCAUACAGAAUUCUCAAUAGGUGUUUUGGAUCUGAGUCAUAAUUAUUUGAUGGGUACAAUCCCAAAAUGGAUUGGUGGAUUGCGUCAACUGAGUUAUAUCUUCUUGAAUGACAACUAGUUUCAUGGAGAUCUUCCAGAUACAUUUUGCUUGAAAACCUCAAAGUUGAUUGAUGUUUCUCAUAAUCAUGGAGAUCUUCCCUCCUCAAAUUGGCCACUUGGGUAACACAAAAGUUUUUAUUUUUUCCUACAACAUGUUCACGGGACCCAUCCCGCCGACUAUUGCAAACCUUUCACAGCCUAGGUCUGAGUUGGAAUUUUUUUUUGGGUGACCAACGUAAAUCUUUUUUGAUAAUUUGAGUGACCAACUUUACAAUUUAGCAUUUUAUCAUUUCUUAUGAAGAAGGCCAAGAGCAAAAUCUCUUGAGCGAUAAGCAUUUCCGCAAACAACUUCAUUCCAAUGGCGGCCUUACCAAUAUGCAUCUAUAUAUGGCAGGCAGGAGCCAGGAAAGUUACAAGUAAAUUGCUGCCGUUAUUAGACCUCUUAAUAUCUCAUGACGAUUAUAAUGAGUGUGAAUUCAGUACAAUACAAGAACUUGUUGGGUUACCUUUCAUUUAAUUAAGACACAGGAAGUAA